GUUUGAAUGCUUGUGCAACCUUGACGGCUUUUUGACUGCGCAUGUGAUUGCGAAAUGGAGAAACUUUCUCGUGUACAUACCGGCUCCUUUGACUUUUUAGUGAAAGAAGGUUUAACUAGACUAGUCAAGCAUUUGCAGCCACUGGAAUUUCGCGCUGGUGAUAAUGUUAUUGAACUCAAAGUACAGGUAUAUUUACUUCUUUCGUUAGGUUUGAUUAGCGAAGUUUAUAGAAGUAUCCACUCCUGUCAAUUCAGACAAUAAGGCCUCUCUUCUAUACCCUAGUGAGUGUCGGAGAGCUGGACUGACCUAUGGUGGUGAAUUAAAGUUGAGCGUCCGUGUAUCUUUGAACGGCACAGCUUUGGGUGUUGUGGAUGUUCCAUGUGGAGUCUUGCCCGUCAUGGUUAUGUCUCGGUCAUGCAAUUUAUUCUCCCUACCGCGGUCUCAGUUUUAUUUGCACAGGGAAGAGUACAAAGAGAUUGGAGGAUAUUUCAUAGUUAACGGAAAGGAGCGUGUUAUAAGACUUCUAAUUAUGGCGAGAAGAAAUUUUCCUCUUGCCAUUUGCAGACCAUCUUUUAAGAAGCGUGGACAUGGGUACACUGAGCGUGCCAUUGUAAUGAGAUGCGUACGAGAAGAUGAAUCUGUUUCGAUUUUGAUGCUUCACUGGCUUAUGAAUGGUGAACCAGCCUUAGCAUUCAUCGUCGAACGUGAACAAUUUCUAGUGCCUAUCUCAAUUAUAUUACGACGUUUACAAUAUCCAUCAUCAUCUAUUCACCAGUCAGUUAGAAUGACAACCAAUCACUCGAUACAAUCAUUAAAUAUAGCUAAACAAUCCAGCAAUACUACUGAUAAUGAUAUCAUUUGUAAAAAUAUCAAAAUAAUUGGUUGGGUUCAAUCAGUUAGAAAGCAUAAAUCUCGUGUAUUUUGUAAUAUCUCAGAUGGAACAUCACCUUAUGACCUACAGGUUGUAAUGACGCCUAGUCAUAUUACUGAAAAUAUCAAUAUCGGUUGUGCUGUAUCCGUUGAAGGUGAUAUACACACUCUCCCAAAUAAUUCCCGUAAAUCCAAAUCACUUGCCACUAAAACUAAUAUUCAAUGUUGGGGUGAAUUACACGCUAAAACUGUGACUAUUCUUGACAAUGUUACAAAAUCGUCUGAGAAUGAUGACUCAUCUUCUAUUUGUCAACACCGUCAUGAAUCUCCGGAUCUGUCCUCCUCCUCUUCUUCUUCUACCGCUGCUACUCCUGCUGCUACUACAGAAGUAAAUCAGGGGAUAAGCUCCGUUGGUCGGCAUAGUCCACGACCUGAUUUAGGCGUUCUACGCUCAGUUGAAGGAUUAUCUAAACGGCACAGGCUACCAGAAUUCUCUGCAAUGCUUAGAAUGCGUGCACGUAUUAAACAAGCAAUUCGUAAAGUGAUGCAUUCCUGCAAUUAUUUAGAGGUUGAUACUCCAAUUCUUACGACAACAGACUGUGAAGGUACUGGUCAAAUGUUCACUGUUCAAUCCCCUGCAUCCAAUGAAACCAAUGAAGUGAUGAAUAAAUCGAAUGUAUUUUUAACUGGUAGCGCUCAAAUGCAUUUAGAGUCCCUGGCUUUAGGUUUAAGUAAGGUGUAUACACUGAAUCCAACAUUUCGUGCUGAAAAUUCGCAUACAAGACAUCAUCUUGCCGAGUUCUAUAUGCUUGAAGCAGAAUCAAUUCAUUUGGAUAAUAUUGAUUCAUUGUGCUCAGAGAUUGAAAAAAUUCUUAAAAUGAUAUUAAAUGAAUGCUUAGACAUUUAUCCUACUCUAGUAGAGUCUAAUGAAUUAACUGAUACACAGCAUGAUUUAUUACUCAUUCAAACAUUACUCGGAAGACAACCUGAAGUAGCCGGAGACCACCACCACCAUCAUCACCGUGAUUCUGAUUGGUUCAUCCAAUCGGCAAUAAACUUCGGCCAGACAAUAAAAUCAAUUCUUUCCAAACCAUUCCCUCGUGUUACAUACAAUGAAGCCAUAAAGUAUUUAAACAAACAAAUCAGCCCCACUGAAGAACCGUAUGAUUUAAGCAAAAGUGAUGAACAAAAAGUACUCGAUUGGUUCGGUGGAGAUCAACCGGUUUUCAUAACACACUUUCCUGCACAACUUAAACCAUUUUAUUGUCAGCUGACGGAUGAUGCUGAUGGCGGUAGUGUUGGUGGUAUUACAGCUGAAUGUACUGACUUGUUAUUUCCAGGAAUUGGUGAACUUGUCGGUGGAAGUGUUCGUGAAUCCUCUGCGAGUGUAUUACAGACACGUAUUAAGGCGCUGAAUACUAAUCAUUGUAGAGAUAAAUUGCACUGGUAUAUUGAUUUACGUAAUACUACUGGUAGUGUACCACACGGGGGUUUCGGUCUUGGCUUUGAACGUCUUCUGCAAUAUCUACUGGGGAUAAUUAAUAUACGAGAUACAAUUGCAUUUCCGAGAAAUACUCAUAAAAUUAUUUUGUAG